AUGCGUCGUGGACGAAAAGAGGACGAUGAUCCAUUUCCCGAGGCGCGCGAGAUGAACAUCAACCAAACCGCUUUUGAGUCGUUGCCCUACCCAGAUGGCUCACUGAAACCUAUCGAAUUCACGCAGACCUUCAACCACGUUUUCAUGGAAGCCGGCCCGAAGCUCAACGUUCUGAUUGGACCGAACGGCUCCGGAAAAAGCAGCAUCAUUUGUGGAAUCUGUUUGGCGAUGGGCGGCCGUCCAGAGCUUCUCGGCCGCUCCGGGCGCUUUGCCGACUACAUCAAACACAAUGCGAGCCGGGGCUUCGUGGAAGUUACAGUCUCUGACAAGUCAAGGCCCUUGGAGCAUUACAAUAUUCAGAUUGAGAAUCCGUGCACAUUCCUCGCUCAGGACAAAGUGAAAAGCUUCGCCGCACAGGAUCCAAAAGAAUUGCUCAUCAAUACACAAAAGGCUGGUGAUUUGACACUUUUGCGGAUGCACGAUGGGUUGAGAGAGAAAGCACGCGAGAAAGAUUUAAAGCUCGGUGUUCAGGAAUAUCAAAGUGCUUUGGAGCAUCAAAAUGAGAUCGUCGCACCGCCAAAGGUCGAGUCGUACAAGAAACAGGAGUCGAUGGUGGGACGCAUCCAAGUGUUGCGGAGAAAGGCCGCAAUUUUGGCUUUCACAAAAGCGGAAGAAAAGUACAGAAAGGCGGCUCAGGGAGUAAACGAACUGAAGGAGAAAGUUGCCGAAACCCACAAAAAGGAAGAGAAGAAGUUGGAAAAAAGUUAUGGCGAGUGCAAGGAGAGGCGUCGUGAACACGAACAACAAAUACGAGAGUCAACGCAGAAGAUGGAGGAGAAAGAGGACCCGCGUUGGUACAAUAUACAAAUGAGGGACAUCACCGACAAGCUGAACCAAGAGAAGGGACGAUUGAGAAGCUGGGAGCAGAAUUUGAACCAGAUGCAAGCCGCGGUUACAAAUGCUAAAGAAGCGCUGGAGAGUGCGCAGAGUGAACGAGACGUUUUGAAGCCUUGUGAAGCUGAAGUUCGACAAAAGCAGCAGGAUCUCCAAACGCGAUCUUCGAAUCCAAUGCACAAAGACGAAAAGCCGGUGAGGUACAGGAAAGGAACGAGAAUUUGUUACGCGAACGGCUCAACCAGUUGCCCAACAUCGGACAAGCUCGUGAUGCUUACAUGUACUACAAAUACGAGAGUCAAGGAAUUCAGACGUCCGAUUUAUGUGCCAAUGAUUGAUAUUAAAAUUCGUGCCGGGGACAACGAGUUGACGCUAUUGUCGAACGUGUUGCAGGCUCGUGAUGGAACUACAUUCAUCUUCGGAUGCAAAGAUGAUGAAUUGAAGCUCACCGAACGUUUUUCCAAAAUCAACACUACUGUCGUGGAUAACGCAAUGUUAGACCGUGUGCCUUCAAAGCUGACCGAAUUCGAGAUCCCGAAGAGGCGCGUCAAAUCGGAAUUCUCGGCACAAUGGUUGCUCGAUCAAACAAGCGACCGCCCGUGUCUCACCGCCGAUCAGGAGGCUCUUGAGGAUGCACAGAUGAAAAUCAUUGGCCUCGUGCCAUCCAAC